AUGGAUAAAUAUGAUAUAUUGUUGAGUUGUUUGGUAGCAAUGCACAUUUUUCUAUGUCCUUUUACUAAAGUAGAAGAGAGUUUUAACCUCCAAGCGACUCAUGAUAUUUUGGAAUAUGGAAUAAGUUUAGAAGCCUUAAAAAAGUAUGACCACUUUGAAUUUCCUGGAGUUGUUCCACGUACUUUUGUUGGACCAUUAGUAUUAAGUGGAGUGAGCUUACCAUUUAUUAAAAUUAUGAACUUUAUAAUUCCUAACUUAAACAAAUUUAUUUCUCAAUAUGUUGUACGGCUUGUUCUUGGAUUAUUUAAUAUAUACUCACUCUCUCGCCUUCGAUCAUCGAUAGAAAUGUCAUUUGGUCGUCGUAUUUCAAAAGCUUUUGGUAUACUUAGUGCGUGCCAAUUUCAUACUAUUUUCUGGGCAAGCAGAACUUUACCCAAUAUGUUUGCGUUUACAUUAAUUAUUCUUGCAUUUUCAUAUUGGAUUUCUGCGAUUACCUCUUCCGAUUCAAAUAAGAAAUUACUAUCAAUGAUUCGAUAUAUGACAUUUACUAUAAUAAUUUUUAGAUUUGAAGUAGCUUUAUUACUUGUUCCGAUUACGGUGUUGGAAUUGUGGUUAGGAAAUUUGAAGCUUCUCGAUGCUCUUAAAACUGGAAUUUUUACCAGUCUGUGGAGUUUAGGUCUGUCUUUAUCGGUUGAUUCCUAUUUUUGGCAAGAGAGAUGGAUGUGGCCUGAAGGUUACGUAUAUUAUUUUAAUAUCGUACUUGGAAAAAGUAGUGAAUGGGGUGUUUUGCCCUUUCACGCAUAUUUCACUUCCUUCCUUCCACGGCUUCUUUUAAUAUCUUUACCAUUAAGCGUAUUUUCCGCAUUUGUUGAUAAGCGUACUCUUAAGUUCUUACUCCUUAUGCUUUUUUUUGUAACUGGAUUUUCUUUCCUUGGACAUAAGGAAUGGCGGUUUAUCGUUUAUGUUGUGCCUAUCUUUAACAUGUGUGCAGCUAUCGGAUGGAUUUGGGUAGAACGAAAAGGUUCAAAAUUCGUAUUUAUUUUGAUAAACUGGAUUAUUAUACUUUUGUUGAUUAUGAGCUUUUUAGCAAGUAUAUCGAUGACACUUGUCUCUAGUGAAAAUUAUCCCGGUGGCGUUGCCUUACAAAAACUUCACAAGAUUCAAAAUGAUUAUAAUAAUGCAAAAGUCCAUCUUGAUGCUUAUACAGCAAUGACCGGUGCAUCAAGAUUUGGUCAGAUUCGUAAUGACUGGGUAUAUUCCAAAAACGAAUCCCAUUUAUCACCAUCUGACUAUAUAGAUUAUACAUAUCUGCUGACCAGUACACCUCAAGAUCAUGAAUCUUAUUUUAAGGUUAUUUAUACAGUAGAUGGUUAUGAGAGAUUAAAGUUGAAAAUGCCAAAAGUACUCGUUCAUAAUUGGCUGGAAUUUGUUGGAAUUGUUUUUUUACGUUACGAUAAAAAUGCGGUUUUAUGGAAAUCUUGGCUUCCAGUACAUAUUAUUACUGAGCCAAAAAUCUGGAUUAUGAGAAGAAAUUCUAAAACCCUUGAAUCUUUCUAA